UCCAGUAAUAAAUGCCAGUUUCUUGUUUACUUGUAGACCAUUACAAGACCAUUCUUUAUUGCAGUAUCAACUCCAGUUUCUUGUUUACUUGCAGACCAUUACAAGACCAUUCUUUAUUCCAGUAAUCAACUCCAGUUUCUUGUAUUUACUUGCAGACCGGUACAAGACCAUCCCCUAUCCUAGCAAUCAACUCCAGUUUCUUGGUCUUCAACUUGACCUGUUGGAUGACUUUCGUGUACGAUUACUUCAAGUUGCUAAACAGGAGGCCCGCAAUCCACUCAGCACUGUCUACUGUGCAAUAAUCAACUCGGUGAAUUAUGUUAUAAGAGUACUGGAAGAAUGGUCAGAUCAAUUGUUUUUUCUAGAGUUACAAUAUCAUCAUAAUGAAGAUGAGAACAUGGCUGCCUUCAAUGAAGCGUUAGAAAGCACUGGUGCCAAUAUCAACAUCAAUCUUUUAUCAAAAGGUCUUGAAGGCGAGAAUUUAGAUGCCAUGCAAAGAACUGUCUUUGAUGAUAUUUUAGAAUUGUACAAACACAUGCAACAAGAUAUGUGUACAAAGGUCAACUCAUGCAUCUUGAACCAGCUCAACUCAAAAGCUAAACUAUACUUGAAGGAAAAAUGGUUUUCACUUCCUUCAACCAAAGAUUUAGCGGGUCAGUCAGUAACAUGUUCUGCCUGCGAGAUGCUCCUUUUUAUAAAGGACAACCUCUACUUCCUUCAAGAACAGUUAUGUCAACCACUCUUCAAAAGAAGUUGGCGUUUGAUGGCAGAAGGAGUUAAUACGUUUCUAUAUGAAGAGGUAAUAUAAUAAAACAAAACAAGGCCAGGAUUUGUGUUUAUCUUGUGAGUACUAACCUUGAUAAACUGCUGACUAAGUGUGAAUUCUUUUUGCGAAUUAGGCUACAUUAGAAUCUAAAGCUGUGUGGGUGUGAUGUUAUGUUUAUAGAAGGUCCCUU